CAGCCAAAUAAAGGAUGACGGACCCUUCCUUGAUAGAUCAUAUGACUAGGCUGAAACUCAAACUACUGGAGAAGAGAUUAGAAAAUGAGCGUGAGUUUGCUGAUGAUUCAUCUGACACAGAGGUUACAACAGCAAGGAGUUAUGAUGGACAGGAAGACGCUCUACAAUCUGCAUUACGCAGGAGGAAGGACCUGCUCCACAAAUUGAGAGAGCAACACCUCCUAGAAGAGAUAGCACGGCCACAUACCUGGGAAGGGACCCGCAGAAGGAAGAUCAGCAUAGAACCUAUGGCAGCCCCUAUGCACAUUUACCACACAUCGCCUCCACCAGAACCACCAGUGCGCUUUUACCCACCUCCUCCGCCACCAGAGCCGCCUAGGAUCAUUCAGCAGCAGUUACCCCAGCAACCAGCAACCAUUAUUCAGCAGUUACCUGCACAGCAGCCGCUAAUCACUCAGAUUCCUCCUCCACAAGCCUAUCAGCCACCACGCUCAGGCAGCAUUAAAGAAGACAUGGUGGAGAUGAUGCUUAUGCAGAAUGCCCAGAUGCACCAGAUCAUUAUGCAGAACAUGAUGCUGAAAGCACUGCCCCCUAUGGCACUGUCCCAACCUGCCGGAAAUGUACCGCCUGGUCCAUCUCAGUGCCAACAGGAUCCUAACUAUGGCAACCCUGUUGUGCUUAGAGCAGAAAAGGUUCGUCCCACCUCAGUACAUCACCAUCAUCACUAUACACCUCCUGGCGUUCCUCAAGUUCCGCCAACCCUACAGCCAACAAUUGGCUAUCCAAUGUGGCCACAAAUGAUGCCUUCAAAUACCAUGGGGCAUAUAGGUGGAGUUCCUCAUGCUGUGCAUCAUGUUACUGGCCCAACUACAACACUACCAGCAAUGAACAUGAAUGGAUGGAAUGUACCCCAGAGUGCCGAGCAUACUAUAAGACCCUAAAGUGGAUAAGAUAUAUACCUGAAGAACAAGAAAUAAUGACUAUGCAUAGUGUUCAUAAAUAAAAGACCUAACCUGAUAACAGACACUUAUCGAUUCAAAAUGGCUCCCAUAGGUGACCGACUAGAAUCUCAGGAUGAUUGCCACCAGCCUUUAUACUCAGGAGAUCCUUCUGACUAUGUACGGGUAGACUGUGGGCCUGAUUUACCAAUGUGCCAAGUGAGGUGAAAUGCAGUGAAGAGAAGUGAACUAGUGAACAGCUAAUCAUGUCCAGUAGAAUAAAAUAAAAUAGAACUUCUCUUGCCUAUGACU